AUGGAGCAAGUCGAUGUUACGAUUGUUGGUGGUGGCCCUACUGGCCUCUUUGUUGCCCUUCUUCUUCAACCAUUGGGUAUCUCAGUCCGUGUCCUAGACGAGAAGCCUUGCUCUUUAGAACUUGGCCGAGCUGAUGCUCUAAACGCCCGAACUCAGCAAUACUUCGAGGUUGCUGGCAUCCUUGAUAAGCUACUCCCAGACGGCCUGAAAUGCAACACGAGUUCCACUUUCAAAGACGGCAACUUCAAAUCUCGUCAAAACGAGUGGUGGGUUGGUAUUGAGCACGCCUACCACAAGAACUUUCUCAUGAUCGGACAACCUGUCGUCGAACAGGUAAUGCGUAAUCGUCUAGGUGAUUCUGUCAACUAUAAUGAGCACGUCAUCAACAUCACUGAAGAUGAAGAGUUUGUUACAGUAACGACAAGCUCUGGUCGAAAGGUUUCCAGCAAGUAUGUCGUUGGUGCUGAUGGUGCACGGUCGUUUGUCAGAAACACCCUUGGUAUCAGUUUCACUGGCACCAAACCGGAGAUGACAUGGGCUGUUCUGGAUACUUUUCUGGAUACUGACUUUCCUGUCUGUUCUGAGAUUAUUACCUUUGAGCUCAAUGGAGAGUCUCGAGUUGCAUGGAUUCCAAGAGAAAGAGCGAUGUCUCGAUUCUAUGUUUUGCUAAAGGGUGAGAUUACCCAACAAUUGGCAGAAGAGUCUAUCAAGCAGCAUCUCGCUCCAUACAGAGUUGAGUUUCCCAAAACCGAGUGGUUCAGCACUUUCCACGUCAAGGAGCGUCUUGCUAGUUCCUUCAUCUCCAAAGAAGGUCAUGGAAGAAUCAUUUUGGCUGGAGAUGCUGCCCACGUUCACUCCGUCAACGGUGGCCAAGGUCUCAACACAGGUGUCUCAGAUGCCUUUGCACUAGCGUGGCGCCUGGCAGCACUCGUACGACCCUCCAACCUUACCACCGAAUCAAGAAAUAUCAUCCUUCGCAGUUACGAUUUUGAACGUCGAUCCACCGCUGCUCAAGUAAUCGGAGUGGCUGCAGCACUAGUCAGGGACACGGUGCAUACAGCCAAGAAGUAUGUAUCCACCAUCGAACGAAAUGCCGGCUUCAUCACAGGCAUGGGUGUCAACUAUAGUGAGUUCGCCACCCCACUUGUGCAAGGCAUUGAACAUGGCAUAUGGAGACCUGGAUAUAGGUGUCCAGAUGUUGUCAUGGCGGCAACUUCUGGGGAGACGACGCGACUCUAUCAGAACGUUGCAUAUGGAAAAUUCAUUGUCUUGGCUAUAGGCAAGCGUUUCCCCAAUGGGUCGAUUUCGGGUCCUGUUUACACCAUCUUGCCUGAUGGGACGACCAAUGGACAUGUUCAGUUGGAUCAGGACAGGGAUGGUGACAAGACUUUUACUGCGGAUUGGGUAAAGAAUGAUUCGGCUAUUGUGAUUGUUCGACCGGAUAUGUAUGUCGGAUAUGCUGGGACUGCUGAAGAUGAUGGAUGGAAAAGAUAUUUGGAUGGUUACUGUGGGAAAUCUUGA